AUGCUGCCGCUUGUCCUGUAUGAUGUUCUCUCCAAACUACCAGGCAAUAACUGGUCACCCAACACCGCGAAGCCGAGGUUCGCCUUGAGCUACAAGCAUCUUCCAUUCGUGACCGUCUGGGUUGAAUUCUCAGACAUUCACAUCGCUAUGAAAGCCAUUGGCGCAAAGCCAAACAAACGCCAAGAUGGCUCUGACCUCUACACCGUCCCUGUGCUCAACGACCCCAACACCGGCGCCCUCAUCACCGACUCCUUCGAGAUUGUCUCCUACCUCGAGAAGACAUACCCUGACAAGCCCAUCUUCCCAAACAACUCAGAACCUCUUAUUAGCGUUUUCGACUCGGCCUAUGUGGACUUGAUUCGCCCUGCGGCGAGGUUCAUCAUCGUACGAUACGCGGAAAUAUUGAGCCCAGCUAGUGCCAAGUUUGUCAUUCAAGCUCGUACGGCGGACUUCCAGGUGCCUUGGGAUGAAUUUUCUCCUGAAGGCCCGAAGCGGUCCAAUACUGUGUACGAAUGGUACCAGAAGAGUGACGGGAAGUGGAUUAUGGGCGACACUUUCUCGUAUGCAGACAUCAUUGUUGGUUGUUGGUUGCUGAUGUUGAAACGACUGCUGAAGGAGGGUGAAUGGGCUAGGAUCAGUUCUUGGAAUGGGGGGAAAUGGGCCCAAGUCCUUGCGGAUGUUGGGAAGGAGUGCAAAUUGGCUUAG